AGGAGAAUAUCCUCGGAAAAUAAGCGCAUUGUGUACCCUUUGCAUGAUCCAUAUAAUGAACUCAAGACAUUAUAAACUCUUUGUUCCUCUUGACUGAUACAAUAUGAAUAACACGGUCCAUGUGUCUACAUGAAUUUAUGUUGAAUUUGACUAAAGAAUAUGAAUCAAAUCAUAAAGUAUUUCAAAUAUUAUGCAAGCAUUGUGUUACGGAAAAUCCUUACUGCUUCCCCACACUUAUUUUUUUCUCAAGAAGUUUAACCAUCUUAUUUGCUUGACAAAAGAGCAAUCUGGAUGUCUCAUGAUGAACGCGUACACAUAACACAUGUAUAUAAAGAUCAAAUUGCUUUGAAAUUUUUGCAGGGUUUAUACCUUUUCUUUUUUUUUAUUAAUUAUCAUGGUGAAUAUUCCUGUUGCACCAGCAGGCAUAGAAGAUCAAGUUGCUUUUGUUCAACCUCUAGCACCCAUUGGCAGUAGUCUAGUAGGCUCUUUUUUUGUCGGUUUGAUACCAUUGUUAUUAGUUUUGGUCCUGCUUGGUGGGUUUAAAUUACCAGCGCAUUAUUCCUCUUUAGCAGGACUGAUUGUGUGUAUUUUCAUUGCUAUCUUUGGCUGGCAUAUGCCUGCUCAACAAGCAUUUGAAUCGAUUGGAAAUGGUAUUGUGUUUGCUAAUUGGCCUAUUAUGUGGAUUGUAGUAAAUGCCAUGUUUAUUUAUAAUACAGCUGUUGAAUCUGGUGUGUUUUCUUAUUUUCGUCGAUGGAUAUUGACAUAUACACCACCCGAUAAGAGAAUUAUCUUGCUUAUUAUUGGAUACAGUUUUGGUGCUCUAUUAGAAGGUGUUGCUGGCUUUGGUACUCCUGGUGCCAUCUGUUCUUCUUUGAUGGUGUCUUUAGGCUUUGAUCCUUUAGAUGCUUUGACAUAUACAUUAGUGUUUGAUACAACACCAGUCGCAUUUGGAGCCUUGGGUAUCCCAGUAACAACUUUAGCUACCAUUACCGGUCUUCCAGUCAUGAGCCUCUCUGCCAUGAUGGGUCGCCAGCUUCCUCUUCUUAGUCUGCUUCUUCCUCUUUAUGCUCUUGGCUUCUAUGCAGGCUUUCGAGCUGGUAUUGUUGAAUGCUGGCCAGCAGCACUUGUGGCUGGACUCUCUUUUGCUGUGAUUCAGGCUAUCUUUGCUAAUUUGGUAGGACCUGAACUUCCUGAUUUAAUUGCUGGUCUUGUCUCUUUAAUUUCAAUCAUCGCGUUUGUACAAUUUUGGAAGCCCAAAUAUCGACCUGAAUAUCAUGCAAGAUUGAUUGCAACUAAUCCGCAAGCAGAAGACGAAGAGAACAACGUCGACAGAGACUCUAUUCAUCAUACAGAAGAAGUCUCUGAGAAAAAGAACAAGCAGCAUGAUGCGGGCGAGACAGUAACACACGAUGAAAAUGUAACAUCAAGACUGGAAGUGGAAAAACCUACUUUGUGGGAAGCCAUGUUGGGUUGGAGUCCAUGGUUAAUUAUUGUAGUUGUAGUCAUUAUUUGGACAUUUGCGAAAGCACCUUCGCAUGGAAGAAUAGCCGUCCAUUGGCCCCAUCUUCAUCAAGAAGUUUAUUUGACACUGUAUGGUAAACGAUAUGAUGCUAUCUGGACCUUUGAACCCUUGGCUACUGGUACUGCUAUCUUGAUUUCAUCAAUUCCUUUUAUGGGCCUUGUUCUUUUAAACGGUUCUCACCCUCGCGUGUUUUGGAUAGCUCUCCGUAUAACAGCCAAACAACUCUUUCUGCCUGUUUUGACAGUUUCCUUUAUUAUGGCCUUUGCUUAUCUCUACAAUUAUUCCGGUAUCGUCUACACAGUUGGGCUCACUUUAUCUUCUGUUGGAAGAGCGUUCCCCUUUUUAUCUGCCUGGCUUGGAUGGUUGGCAUGUUUCCUUUCUGGAAGUGAUACUUCCGCCAAUUCUUUAUUUGGAAAUCUACAAGUGGUCGCAGCAAACCAGAUUGGAUUGAGUGCUGUAUUGAUGGCCAGUACAAACUCAAGCGGGGCCAUUACAUCAAAAAUGAUUUCCCCGCAAAAUUUGACUACAGGUGUAUCAACGAUUGGAUUACAAGGCCAGGAAGGGCGUGUGUUGCGUCGUACUAUUCUACAUUCGAUUUUUAUGGUGUGUUUAGUAGGCGCCAUGGCAUGCGUUCAACAAUAUGGUAUUCCAGGUAUUAUUCCACCUGAAUAGCUUUGUACAUAUCUCUCUAUACAGUCCCCUAAAAAAAAAGGUUUCUUUUGUGUAAAAUGUAUUGCUUGAAGUUUAUUAAAUAUUUUAAAUAUGUCUAGCAUACUUGUGGUAAAACCUACAUACAUACAUAUAUAUAUAUAUAAAGAAAAUUUAAC